AUGAGUACAUCCAAAUUCAAGACAGUUUGUGUUUUUUGCGGUAGCAGCCUAGGAAAGCAAAAGAGUUAUCAAGAUGCUGCUAUUGAUCUUGGCAAAGAACUGGUGAUGAAAGACAUUAAUUUAGUAUAUGGAGGAGGCAAUAUUGGAUUAAUGGGCUUGAUAUCACAAACUGUCUUUAAUGGUGGAAAACAAGUUCUUGGUAUCAUUCCCAAAGCUCUAAUGGAUAAAGAGAUCACUGGCGUCACUAUAGGAGAAGUAAAACCUGUGGCCGAUAUGCACCAAAGAAAAGCAGAGAUGACUCGCAAUUCUGAUGCUUUUAUUGCUAUGCCUGGAGGUUAUGGUACUCUUGAAGAACUUUUUGAAGUGAUUACGUGGGCACAACUAGGCAUACACAACAAGCCGGUUGGAUUAUUGAAUAUUAAUGGCUACUACGACUCAUUGCUUUCUUUCAUUGACCAAGCUGUAGAAGAAGGUUUCAUCAGCCCAAGUGCAGGACAUAUUAUUGUCUGCGCUUCAAAUGCAAAGCAGCUUAUGGAGAAACUCGAAGACUACCACCCAUGUCAUGAACAAGUGUCAUCAAAACUAAAUUGGAACUAUGAGCAACUAGAACACUCCAAAAAAAAUGUAAGUUCAAUUUAA